AUGCUGGGCGUCCGGCCCCGCAGCCCCAGCGCCGAACCCGCGCCCUCCUGGACACCGCAGCCCGAAGCACCGGGUCCUGCCAAGCGCCGCCGCCUCCACCAGCCCGCAGGCCCCGAAGCCCUGCCAACGCCCGGCCUGGAAGCCCCCGCGGGGCCCACCAGCGCCGCGCUCCCCUCCACCUCCGUGGUGCUCCUGGCCUCCGGCUGCGCCCUGCAGCUGACCCUGGACGGCGUCGACCUGCUGCUGCAGCCCGAGCCCACCUCGCUCCUGCAAGUGUCGCUGCAAGGACACACCGUCAUCCUGGUCCCCGAGGGCCUCCUGAGCUGCGCCCACCCAAGCCCUGGACGGCUGGAACACGCGCCCGCCGGCCUGCAGGUGACAGCUCCCCUGGACACGCCCCAGGACCACCUCGUCGUCAUGGAGGAGGAAUCCUGGGAGUCGGUCCCAGACAUCGCCUGCCAAGAGGACGCCAGUGAUUGGGACGCGGACCCAGGCAUCCUGAUGCCCCGGGACCACCUCGUCGUCAUGGAGGAGGAAUCCUGGGAGUCGGUCCCAGACAUCGCCUGCCAAGAGGACGCCGGUGAUUGGGACGCGGACCCAGGCAUCUUGACGCCCCGGAACCAUCUCGAUUUCGUCAUGAAAGAGGAACCCUGGGAGUCGGUCCCGGACAUCGCCUGCCAAGAGGACGCGGGUGAUUGGGACGCAGACCCAGGCAUCCUGGCACCUUGGAUGGAUGCUCCAGCUGGCCGGGCCGAGGGCUUCCCUCCUUCCACAGGGGCGUCCAUGCGCUGGCCUCAGGACCGAGUCCCAGAGCCCUGGUCUCCGGUGUCCUCCUCAAGUGCGGAGAGUCUCGAUCCACCGUCCAUCUGGGACCUGGACAGCUGCACGCUGAGGCCCUUCCCCAGCUCACCACUGCAGCCUCUGCCACCGUCUCCUCCGCCAAGUCCCCAGGAGCAGCGCCCUCCACAGUCUCCACGCCCUCAGAGCAAGGUCCGGAGGCGACUGUUCCAUGAAUGA